UUCGAGACCGAAAAACUUCAUUGAAACAAGUUCAUACUUCUGUGACAUACUUUGAUAAUGAGGAUUUUGGCGUGAGACAACAAACAUUGCCGCAUAAUAAUCUAUGGUCUAUGGUGGCUGAUAUAACAAAAUGUAUUUGGGGUUACUUUUACUGACGCUGUUUUCUACAGGUUUCUCUGUGGAUCCAUGCACCCAGAAUUCUGUUAUAGACGAAAAAUACCGCAGUGUAGACUAUUUUGUCAAGGACAAGAACUAUGAGCAUUUGCUGUGUGAUAGGACGCUAGCGAAGGGGUGGUAUAAGUUUGCUGGAGGCAAAGAAAUGCACCAUUCUUGCCUUGCGGCAUACCACUGCGGAACUCAUAUCCCUUUGUGGUUAGUUGGGUCAAAGCCCAGUGUGGCUGAUGGAAUAGUCAGCAGAAAGGUUUGUGGAACAGAUGGAAAGCAUGUGGACUGCUGCCAAUAUACUGACACGAUUAGAAUGAAAAAUUGUGGAACAUUCUAUGUGUACGAACUAAAGCCCACUAGAGGAUGUUCCUACGCCUAUUGUGCAGGCACUGGUGUACCGUGUCCUCCGGACAAAUGGUCAGCUACUGGGUAUGAACCAGGUUGUAAAGACAUGUUUCCAAAGAUGUUGAGCAACCCAACCCUUUCGAAUCCUAUUGUUAAACCUGACACUUUUGAGUUCAAAUGUCACGUGAAUUUCGACGCAUCACGCAGCGACGUCGGAUUUGACGUUGAGUGGAUUUUUGACAAUAAAACCGUCGCCAGUAUUCCGAAAACACACCUGACUGGAACGUCACGAGAUGCUGUUUUAGAUCAGAAAUACCUCGCCGGACACAUGGGAGAAACGCUGAGCUGUCGAGUUCGAUCUUACUUCACUGCUACCCCGUUCAGGAAAGGACCGUUGUUACCUAGCAACGGGUACUGGUGCGGUAUUAAGUUCGAACCAACUAGUUUGACCGUCACUUCAAAAGAACCGCCGAAAACUGUCAACAUGGUGUCAACUGUACCACUUGUUUGUGACAAACUCGCGCAACCAACCUGCAAAUUGGAGCUUUAUCUCGAUAAUAAUAACCACAACAGUCUAACGACAACUAACUGCACGAAAGUUUUAAAACCAACUGAUUGGGAUCCUAAAAAAAACCAGGCUGUUAUCCCAAUUCAAAUUCUAGCACAGCGAGAUCCUAAGAAAGACCAUGAUAAAAACCUGGCUUUACAUUUCCAGCAGAUAUUUUCGGGCGAUGCUCCUCCAAUUUUCAAUGGCUACAACAUUCCAUACCUACCGAUCCACAGUCAGGACAAGGACACCUCCACCUGUAGCUGUACUGGCGACCCCCAUUGUAUUACACUUGAUACACAUUUCACUAAAAAAGGAAGUUAUAUAGAUUACUACAAAGUUGGAGAGUUUACUAUGUAUGAGAGUACAGCAGCUAACCGAUUGUUCCAAGUUCAGGCUAGAACAUGGAAAUGUGGUCACGUAACAUGUAAUUGUGCAAUAGCGGCACGUGAAGGUAAUGAUAUAGUUAUCAUAGACAUAUGCCAUGGUCACUAUGGGAAAUCAUUCGCUCAAGUUAUCAUUCCGCACAAAGGAACGUUGACACAAGGGAUGGUGGUCAGUAGGGAUCCUGCAGGCAAACACUUUUUGAUUGAUUUCCCAUCUGGUGCACAAGUGAAAGUGGACGUUUAUCUAAACCGCUUAUUAAAUGUUUGGAUUACUGCGCCAGAGGACGACUUUGGAGCUACUCAAGGUCUAUGUGGAACAUUUGAUGGCAAUAGAGAUAAUGAUUUAAAACAUCCGGAUGGAACCGUAGAUAAGAUUCAGACAGCACGUAUGCAGGCUAAUUCGUUUGUUGAAUCAUGGAGAAUUCCAGUAGGUUCCUCAAUGUUUGACCUAAAAGAAAAUAUUCCGAUUGCACCGAAAUGGAACAAUGAUAUUUACUAUUGUGAAUGUACCCAGAAGAAAAGUCAGAUUGACUGUUCCAUAGAUAAUAAGAAGAACCUUCCAGCAGUGCACACCCGUUGUGGUGCAGGAUGUACUCCCUUCAUACAGAAUGGGCAUAUUGAUCUAAAUGCAUUAAAAAUUUCGGGACGUAGGAAACGUUCAACAGGUCAACUUGAAGAAGAUAACGCUCCCGUUUACUACUACUUCGAUUACGGGUUAUCAAUUCAACCACAGAUAAGAAAUUUCCCAACAGAAAACGGCAAAACACAGGCAGAUGCCGAGAAAGCGUGUAAGGAUGCUUUCAACAAAAACACAAUCCUAAGACAGUGCACGACAUAUAUUGGGUUUGACUUUGGCAUUCAAAUUGACGAAUGUGUAGAGGACUUCAAAUAUUUCGACGAUGGAUCAUUUAUAAAAAGUGCUGUUGAUUCUGCAAUAACUUUCUGUGUACAAACAAUGGCACGUAAUGCUUCUAACUACGACAUACAUGGCGAACUUCCUGCUUUUGUUUCUACUGAUCGGUGUCCAAGUGAUUGCUCUGACCAUGGCACGUGCGUUAAGGGCACGUGUCAUUGUGACACGGGCUACGUAGGGGAAGGAUGUGAUAUCGAUUCCAGACGCCCGCCGGAAGUAUACAGUAUUAUUGCUUCCUACGAAGACACCGUUUUAUGUGACGUCACAAUGAGACCGUGCGAGACGGUGUACAUGGCGGGAAACAACUUUUAUCAGAACGCAAAAUUAUCGUGCCGACUGGAGGAACUCAAGUUUGAUGGUACUGGAUUUGUAGCCACUGGGAAACACUUCAUGACAGCAGCUGUAUAUAACAGCAUGUUCAAUGUUGGGUGUAAACUUCCGCUCAAAAGUUCAGUCGGAGGUCACACGGUGAUCGGGUAUAAUAUGUCCGUAACGAAUGAUGCACAUCACUAUAGUAGUGAGGUCAAGGUCAUUAGGACGGAUUCAACGUGCCUAGAUUGCAGAGAUGAUGGUAUAUCUUGCCAGAUUAUGUCGGGAUAUUGUGUGAUAGAUGGUAAAUGCAGGAAACGCGAUGAGUUAAAUUCUGCCAACCAUAAUCUGAAAUGUGACCCUGCCAAGAACAAGAACGCCUGGACAUCAACAUCAGCUUCCACUGGAUUGAACUCAAUGCCAACGGCUCCCCUUGGUGGAAUUCGAUACCAACGGUUCGAUAUUUGGACAAGUAAUAAAACCGGCUGCCCAUGUGCUUUGAACUCAAAGUCCAAGGAUUGCGCCUGUUGCGACGACGGUGGGUGUCAAUGCCCUUCACCAAACCAGCACCAGUGCACUCUUUGUGGAUCAACAAAAAAUUGCGGAACACCUCAACCAGGACCGGAUAUGGGCAUAGACGGAUAUACACUCGCCCUCGCCGAUUGUCAAUGUAACUUUGAUCAGAUCAAGUACAACUGUGCAUGUUGCCAUUCGGAACUUAAGAGUUGCCAGUGUGGUCCUAAACACCGGAACCAGUGUGUAGCAUGUGAUCACAUGGAUCAGUGUGGGAACAAGCCCUGGAUAUUCGGACCGGCAUUUCCAAGUCACUAGAAGCUUAAUAAAACAUGAAUAUUUCAAGUGUCGUGAAUAUCACGAUUAAUGCUUGUACAGAUUUUUUUCCAGACGCGUGUGUCAUUAAAAAAACAUAUAAAACGUACUUAAAUUGAUAAAAAGUAGAAGGUAAUAAAAGAUUUAAUAUUAUAAAACUG